AAUUAUUUAUGCAUGAUAUUAGCCGUAUCUGUCCACUGAUCAUAUACCACUGGCGCAAAGUCUUCAUUAAGUGGAAUUGAUAACUCUACAAGCAGUCUAUCGCUAUCACAUUCAUUCAACAAAUCUUCAGAAUUAUUCUUAGCAGAUGUCGGUAGAAAUUGCAGGCGAACCAACAGUGUGGCUAACUUAAUGACAUCUUCUUACUGUAACAAUACCGAGGAUAAUUUGAUCAGAUGAAGAUCUGGCUUUCCCUAGAAGUGCGUGCCGGGAGUCGAUUUAAACAGAAGCUUUAAUCCUACAAAGGUGUAAGCAUUUCACUUGUUUCGGAAUUAAACGAUCGAUCCGGAAUGUUUUUUCUAAUUGCACUUGGAGGUUAUCUCCGCCCAUUUCAUGUGCUGACAGACGGAAAAAAGUGUUGGAACUCACUACGGAGAUUUCAAAUAACAUUGCAUCAUUACGCCAAAAACUACACCAGUGAAAGUCACGGCACAUUAUGAAUGAAAUUUUGUACAUUGACACUGAGGAGGAAGACAUGUCGAAAAAUUUAAGUGAUACGUCUAUGGCGACUUCUGAAAAUGUUAUUAACUUGACCGCGUUAAUUGUGCCCUCACCGGCCAAUGACUCAAACUCGAACAUAAGCAGAGGGCCACUACUAUCAGAUGAGUCCCUUACGGGAUUAAUGGUUCUUUACACACUAACAACUUUAUUGUCCAUAACAGGGAACAUCUUUGUAGUUCUAGUCUUCACCAAGGGUCGACAUUCACGGACAGACCUUCGACCUUUCCUGAUCAACUUGGCGGUUGCUGAUUUAGUCAUGGCAUUCUUUUGCAUGCCUUUUACGUUUGCAGAUACCAUUCUUGGACACUGGGUUUUCUAUAAGCCACUUUGCACUUUAGUACUUUUUGUUCAACUUUUCGCCGUAGCAGCCAGUGUAAUGACAAAUAUGGCCAUAGGAAUCGACAGAUUUUUGGUCGUUCUUUUUCCUUUAAGAUCUAGGGUAACUUAUUCACGUUCGAAAUACGUUAUAGGUGUGAUAUGGUUCUCUGCUUUUUCAUUAGCCUCUGUACAGUUUUUUGUCGGUAGGGCACAGAAAAAUGGAGACAUUUACAAAUGUAUAGAAGUCUGGCCAACUCCAGAAUCUAGGAAAAUUUACACCGUGUGUCUUUUUUUGUGUACGUACAUUAUUCCUUUAUUUAUUCUAUCCAUAACGUAUUCUAUAGUGGGGAUUCUUCUUUGGAAAAGGACGGCUCCGGGGAAUAAAGACCAAACACGAGAUUUACACAGAUUGAGAUCGAAAAUAAAGAUUGUAAAGAUGUUAGUCAUAGUAGUAGCAGUAUUUGGAGUAUGUUGGCUUCCUCUUCAUGUCUUUGCGAUGCUUGUGGACUUCUACGAUGGUUUCUUACAUUUUGAAAGUGAUCAGGAACAUAUGAUGGUUCUUAUCAUGUUUCUCUGUGUGCACUGGUUGGCCAUGUCAAACAGCUUUGCUAAUCCAAUAAUAUAUGGCUUCACAAAUGAAAAUUUUAGGAAGGACCUAGCAGUCCUGUUUUAUAUGUGGUUCCCCUGCUGUGGCUGCUUAGUGAAAAUGCUGCCAAGGACCACCAGUUCACAGUCACGAACAAAAGACAGCUUUAUCAUGAGACAACAGAGUACAAUGAAGCGAGGGUAUCGCCUUGGAAAUGAAUCUGUCUAUUACAGACAUAAUGAUAGAAUUCCUAGAUACUCAUCCAUAAAAACCAGUGUCAGAGACAGCAAAGAGAGCGGGUCGGAGUAACAAUUUGUAUCCUAUUAACUUUUGAUCCUCUUUGAUAGUCUGCCAUAUGGUCAUAAAUUUGUUGCUGGAGCUCAAUGGGAUCUUGUAUCUAAAUAAGAGAUCCUUUCAUAUUCAUAAAGAUACUUUCUGAAAGGGAAUGAUGUCGAAAAUGCAGAAGAGCUUUCUCAUCGUGACAGAGAGAUGCCACAACGUAUCAUCUGUUUGAUGUUGAAGUUUAAAGAAAUAUAUCAACAUAGCCAUCAUUUUAAACACACUUGAUCCAUUCUUGUACUCAUUCAACAUUUCAGAGUGUCAUUACGUUGAUUCCUAAUCAAAGAUCAUUUAAUCAUCAAUUCUGCACGUGUUCAUUUUUUCAUAGAGGGUCGCCUUUACUACCUUCAUCAAUGAAAUCUUCAAAGCGUUAAACAGUUAUUGUAAGUGCUAAACAUAUGGAUCAAUCAUCUUGGAGUGCUAGUAUAUGUUUUUAAAAACAGAAGGAGGGUGCAAACUUUUUGUGGAAUGGUAGAAGAUGCCAAAAGAAAAUUGAUCAUUGUUCGAUGAGGCAAGCAAUGAUGUUCCCUUGAGGAAUCAUACUGGAUUUAAAGCCAUUCCGGCACAAAUGUAUACUGACAACUUUUGUGGUAUGAAUGGAAUAUAUAUGAAUGGGAUGGUACGCUAUUCGUGACGUGAAUAAUAUUGUACAAAAACAAAGUGUGAUUGAAUUGAAAUGUAUAAUCUACAAAUAUGUUUUAAUAUUCAAAAUUCACAAAGUCAUGCCAUUAUUAUAUUUAUAAUUCCAGAUGAACAUACAAAUUGAUUUUUUUUUUGGUAAUAGAUAUCAUUUUCGUAGGAAUUUCUUUCCAAUUUUGAUUAGUUUUCUGUUAAUUUCAUUACUUGAUUUGGUCAUCCUCGUGUAUAUUUUGUGUUUGAUGAGAGUUUUAUCAUACCUUUUAUCAUGUUUCUGAUUGUUUUUAUGCGAAAUAUUAGUAAAUUUACACAAACUUGAA